CGGCAAAAACAGAUGACGCAACACGGAAGUUAAGAUUUUUUGUGUUGUGUUCGGGUUGUUUCACCACCAGUCAGGUCCAAUGUAAUGCAGAGUGAGACGUUUCCGGUUUCAUAGUAACUUUAAUUAGUUGUUGAGAGAAACAACGACUGUCAGAAUCUCGUGUAGGAAUAAACAGCAAGAAAAUGAAACGGUUUAUUGCCGUUUUGUUGCAGUUUUUGUUGGUGGGGCACAUCAAGAGUUGGGAUGACGGCAGCGUGCUGCUGCGGGACGUCCAGGUGUUGACUCUGUACAGGGAUCGCUACACCGCAGCGAGGCGCUCCAGCCCCGUGCCUCAGCUCCAGUGUGUUGGAGGCUCCGCAGGCUGCCAGACCUUCGUCCCAGAGGUGGUCCAGUGUCAGAACAAAGGCUGGGAUGGAGUGGACGUACAGUGGGAGUGUAAGACUGAUAUGGACAACGCUUACCGAUUUGGGCGCAUUGAGGUGAGCUGUGAGGGCUACAGCCACCCUGCUGAUGCCUACAUACUGAAGGGCUCCUGUGGGCUGGAGUACACACUGGAACUGACUGGAGAGGGCCGGAGGAGGACACACAGCAGCGGGGGUUCCCACAGUGGAUUCAAGGGAUUUGGAGGUCUUGGGGGCUUUGCCUCCAGUUUCUUCAGCGGUUUCUUUGGAAACAAGCAUCAGCGUGACCAGCACAACCAGCAGAGCCGCCAGAGCCCGUACCCAUCAGGCAGCGAGGACUCAGGAGGCCUGCUGGUGCUCGCUGUGCUUCUGCUCUUAGCCUACGGCAUCUACAAGCUGUUCCUCAGCGGGAAUGCAGCCGGGGGGGGGCACGACGGCCCACAGGCCGGUUACCCCAGAGAUAAUCACCAUGGCUCCGCUGCGGGACCACCACCCCCGGGAUUCAAACCUGACUUCACAGGCUAUCCUGGUGCCAACCCAGGCUACGGUUUCCACAGUGACUACACUCACGGACAACAGUACCCAGGAGGCCGAGCUGCGCCUGGCACAGGCGGAGGCUUCUGGACCGGCAUGGGGACAGGAGGGGUGCUGGGAUAUCUUUUUGGUCGUCAGAGAAGCCAGCCCUACAACUAUACCUACUCCAGUUACACCGACAGCAGGCCUCCUCCUGCUGGAGACUCCUCCUCUUCCUCCGGGACGCGCACUGCUUCAGGUUUUGGAGGAACCAAGAGAAGAUAGAAGCUGUGGAGGUGGACGGAUUCUCUACAAAGGACGGCACUGACACAACUGAAACUGCUGCACCGGUAACGGACCAGCUCGGCGUUUGCCAGUGAAAGCACCAGGAGGAGACUGUGUCCAACAGUUCUGUGUUCCUCUGGAGGGUUAGGGUUAGUGAUGCCAGCUACUGACAGGAAGCACUUUAGGCUUUGUGUUUGGAAGAACAUGGAAUGACUUCCAUGUGUUUUCAGAAGAUGACGAUCUUGCAGUUGUUCAUUGAUUUGAUCGGCAUUUUGUUCAGUGGGAAUCUACUGUGUAAUUUCUACAUUUUAUUCAUGUGGUCUUGUAGAGAGAAUAGCUAUCUGUUUUCUCUCUGCAGUCUCUUUUCUAAGCACCUAUUGACUUUCUUUGUGUGAAGAGUGUUCUGCCUCACACACACAUCUAUGAAAACUGCAGCAUCUUUUGCAUUCACAUAAAACAAAUAUACGGAAUAAUAAUAUAAUAAAUAAUAUGCACAGCUUCUCCAUCAGUUUAACUGCAGCUGAACGGGGGUAAGAAUCAUGCCUGAAAUGGUUCGAACUGGUAACACCACCUGUACAUUCAUCCAUCUGUCAGUCUCAUUAUUCCUCUCUUCAUUUGCUUCACCUGCUAGCCCUCAUACCUUUUGCUUUCCAUAUCAUUGAAUCAACUCAGUUUAAAUGUGUAUAGCGUGUUGUAGUGGAUGUGUGAUAUUUUGGUAACUACUGAAUAAAAUAAGUGUCUUUUUAAA